GGAUAUUUUGGGCCUGGUGGACAAAGCGAUAGUGCCGUCUAAACCCUUUGGAAGAGUCACGAUACUAGCACUUAUCACGACGCCAAGUUCUGAUAACGUUUCCUCCAUGCGGCACGUAGCCUGUUUAUAACCCUCCUUACCCUCCCGAAGUGGCACGAUGUUAGACUCUAUAGAUUCCGGUACGUGACGUGGUGAAUGUUGCGCCAGGCGAAGACCACGCAUUUAAUGCUACCCUGAGGGUCCUUUUAUUAGAUGUUUUCACCCGCAAUAUAUUGAGUUACAAUGCGCACCGACUCGGAGACGUUGAUAUCUCUUUGCAAGCAGUGCCCCGCAUCAUUCGCCUUCCCCUCGCACCCCAUCUCAUUCCACCUUCACAACGCUCUUCGCACUGGUCAAGAAUUAGACCCAGAAAGUGUUGCGUCCAUAAGCAAAGCGAUUCCAUCUUUGCACUCAAAGCUAUCCGACUACAAUGCUGAAAUUUCUCGACUUGAGAGCAUCCUGAUUCGGCUCAGGCACGGCCGGGACGAGUUGAGUCUUUGCCUCGAUGCAUGGGAGUCUCGCUUGGCUCCCGUUCGUCGGCUCCCCGUAGAAAUUUUGACGGGUAUCUUCAAGGAUGCGUGUAGUCCGAUGCCAAUAUCGUCGUAUUUCCCGGCCCGCAAUGCCGUUCAAGCUCUCAUCAUCACUCCCCUUCGUAUUGCCUCAGUAUGCGCGUUUUGGCGGAGUAUCGCACUCGCUACUCCAGAAAUGUGGACAUGCGUUUAUGCACAUGCAAAUCAGGCAGACGUCAGCGAGGCACUAUGCAGUGUCAUCAGCCUCUAUCAGGAUCGUUCCUGCGCCCGUCCCUUAUCCAUCUUCAUUUCCGCGUUAUAUGCAAAUCAGUCCACUCGUCAAGUUGUUGACAGACUUGGACAAGACUACAGGGUCUUUGACAAGCUCUUUGCUGGAGGCUUAGACCUGACGAGAUGCCGCAGGCUGGUGUUUGACAUUGACCCAUUCAAGGUGUUGCGUUCCUAUCUCAACCUUUCUGAUGAGCAUAGCUUCGUAUGGCCAUCACUAGAAUGUCUUGAAUUAUCUCAGCAAGACGCUUGGGCAGAGCGUUCAUAUCCCUGCACCUUGUUCGAGAGGGCGCCGAAGCUGCGAGAACUUUAUCUUAGGGGAACGGAUGUGUCGGUCGCAGGGUAUGUCCUACCGAUACGUCAGAUCCAUUCACUUACUCUUCAUGGAUGCGCAUCUGAAUGCGUCUUUUACUUGCUGAGGUCUUGUGCCAGCCUCAAGCACCUCACCUUGUCUCAUUGGGAUUCUAGUGGACGGACUCGAGGAACAUCAUGCGUCCUUCGAAGUCUACGAUCUCUUACUGUGAUACGCUAUGGGGUGUCCGAUUUCCUCGAGACGUUCGAACUGCCAGUGCUUACUCAUCUUGUAUUGGAUACGAAUAUCUGUACGGAAGAGUUGUACAAGAAUGUUGAUCCACGCCUUUUCCCAAUCUAUUACCAAUCCAUGGUCUCUCGUUGCGCAAAGUCCCUUACAAAGCACCAAUCCUCUCUUUCACAUCUGACUUUGAAAGAUCUUCCCUUCGAUUCUAGAAUGGUCAUCGAAUUUCUUUUCAGGGUUCCCAAUCUCAGACGGCUUUCUAUCAUUGAAAAGAGGGGUUUGGAGAGCUUCACCCUCGACCAGCAGUUAACGGAUUAUCUGUCGAAACCGGAAGUCUUACCAGGUCUCGCCCGAAUUGACCUCGCUUGGUCAACAGACAACAUAGACCUUGAUGAGGAUGUCAUAAUGAGGAUGUUGGAAUACAGAGUGGACAGGAAGAUUUUGGAGUCGGCGGUUAUUGGGCCACGAGAUGGAGGCGAGUUGCGAAAUGACACGUUGAUUCGGAUGCGACCGAUGAGAGAACGAGGAGUUGAAGUUAUGGUAUGGUAAAUUUGGGGCUAUCGACCCUGUAAAUUAAUUGCCAGUGUAUUUGGUUGCAUGUUCUCGAGCAGAUAAUUGUAUCA